CAGCCUUUCCAAACUCCCUUUGCCUUGGAGGAGUCUCGUCAUCGUCAUCAACAUGACUCUUGAGGAAGUUCUGACCCACAAAUCCACCGAACGUGCCGAGUGCACUGGCCAAGCACUGGAAGAGGUGCUGGUGACCGCCAUGGACAACCACUCCCUCACCGUGGGGGUCUACGAGUGCGCAAAAGUGAUGAAUCUUGAUCCAGACAGCGCGUCCUUCUGCGUGCUGGCCGUGGACGAGGAUUUCGAGUGUGACAUCGCUCUGCAGAUCCACUUCACCCUCAUCCAGUCCUUCUGCUUCGACAACGACAUCAGCAUCGUCAGAGUGAGCGACAUGCAGCGUCUGGCUGAGAUUGUCGCUGACAAGUCGGAGCAUCUCGAAGAUGCUCACUGCGUCCUCAUCACGAACCCAGCUGAUGGAGCUUGGGAGGACCCUUCUCUGGAGAAGCUGCAUCUGUUCUGUGAGGAGAGCCGGCGUCUGAACGACUGGGUUCCCGAGAUCAGCCUCCCCGGACGCUGAUGCGGGAUCGGGCUCUUCUCUGUGAAGCUCCUCAUCUAGGAAACACUCAUCCUGACGGACAGGAUGAGGCUGUCUCUGCUCGUCCCUGGAUACUCCUGAGGAGGAUUCCCAAUCCAGGCAGCACGGCGCCGGCCCGAGGGGCCCCCGUGGAACCGUCGCCUCUUGGUCCGUCCGUGCCGAGAUGACUCUCAUUCUUUGUGUGAAUGAGGUCAGGUAUGCCUCGAGAGAGCGACACAUCAUCGACCCUCAUUCUUUGUGCGGAUGAGGUUUGGAGAGGAAGGAGAAGCGACGCGUGCGUGCUGCGGUCUCACGGAUCGUGCGCGCGUCGCUCGUCGAAGCACGCGCGGCAGGAGAAGAAGCGGUGCUGAGGAAGAGGACUUCUUAAGAAGAGACUUUUUAAAGAUGGCCUCUUGGCUGAGCAACGUGACAAC